GGGCCCCAAUCCACUCUCGCAAGAGGCUGUAGGGAACCAGCGUAAUAAAGGCUCAGUGACUGCCAGUUCUGCUCUGGAGCUCACCUGCCUCUCUGAGCCCCCAGCCGACUGGCUUGUGCCUCCCCCAGGAUGGACACGUGGACGGUGCUGCUCGUCCUGCAAGCCUCGUUGGUGCUCCCCCGGGCUGCCAGCAUCAGUACCAACACCCGCACCGCCCCCGCCCCUGUCCUGCGCUUUGUUGCCGUGGGUGACUGGGGAGGAGUCCCCAAUGCCCCGUUCUACACAGCCCGGGAAAUGGCCAAUGCCAAGGAGAUUGCCAGGACCGUGCAGAUCCUGGGCGCAGACUUCAUCCUGUCCCUGGGGGACAAUUUCUACUUCACUGGCGUGCAGGAUGCCAACGACAAGAGGUUCCAGGAGACCUUUGAGGACGUGUUCUCGGCCUCCUCACUCCGCAAAGUGCCCUGGUACGUGCUGGCUGGCAACCACGACCAUCUGGGGAACGUCUCGGCACAGAUAGCCUACUCCAAGAUCUCCAAGCGCUGGAACUUCCCUAGCCCCUACUACCGCCUGCGCUUCAAGAUCCCACGGUCCAACGUGUCCGUGGCCAUCUUCAUGCUGGACACAGUGACACUGUGUGGCAACUCGGACGACUUUGCCAGCCAGCAGCCAGAGAGGCCCCGCAACCUGGCGAUGGCCCGCACGCAGCUGGCCUGGAUCAAGAAGCAGCUGGCGGCGGCCAAGGAGGACUACGUGCUGGUGGCCGGCCACUACCCCGUGUGGUCCAUCGCCGAGCACGGGCCCACCCACUGCCUGCUCAAGCAACUGCUGCCGCUGCUGACCACACACAAGGUCACCGCCUACCUGUGCGGCCAUGAUCACAACCUGCAGUACCUUCAGGAUGAGAAUGGCGUGGGCUUCGUGCUGAGCGGGGCCGGGAACUUCAUGGACCCCUCGAGGAAGCACCUCCGCAAGGUCCCCAACGGCUACCUGCGCUUCCACUACGGGGCCGAGAACUCCCUGGGUGGCUUUGCCUACGUUGAGAUCAGCCCCAAAGAGAUGAGCGUCACUUACAUCGAGGCCUCGGGCAAGUCCCUAUUCAAGACCAAGUUGCCAAGGCAAGCCAGGUCUGAGCACCAGCACCGACGGGGGCUCCAAGCUGGGGCCUGAGUUAGGGGCACCUCCCCGCUGGUGGGUGAGUGGGUCCCGCUGGGACCCCCUGCCCAUGGGCAGGCUUUCUCAAGGGCCGGUGGUGCUACGGCAGAGCAGGAAGGAGGACAGAUGAGAAACUGUGGUGCCACAUGGCCUUUGUGACAAGGAUGCCCACAUACGUGAAAGAAGCAUGGACACGUGUUCCGGCCAGAGUGCCAGGCCCCUUGGCCAGGCUCGCCCAGCCUCAGUUCCGGGCAUUGGGGGACAGGGAGGGAAAGCCCUCCCCUGGAUCAGGCAUCCUUCUGUCACUGCCAAAUAGUCAAUAAAAAGAAAUAGUUGCAGAGGCU